CGGCUUCGAGCGCGCCCGCGAGGGCGACUGCGGCGGCGGCGCGGCGGGCGGCCGCGAGAACAGCCGCGGCCGCGACCUCAACCGCAGCUUCCCGGACCAGUUCGGCGCGGCGCAGCCCGACCUGGGCGCCGUGCCCGAGGUGCGCGCGCUCAUCGCCUGGAUGCAGCGCAACAAGUUUCUGCUCUCUGGCAAUCUUCAUGGUGGCUCAGUGGUUGCAAGCUAUCCCUACGAUGACUCUCCCACACAUAAGCCCACAGGAGUCUACAGUAAAUCGGCGGAUGAUGAAGUUUUCAGAUACUUGGCCAAAGCUUAUGCAUCAAAUCAUCCUAUAAUGAAAACUGGCACCCCAAAUUGCCCAGGCGAGGAAGGAGAGACUUUCCAAGAUGGCAUCACAAACGGUGCCCAGUGGUACGAUGUGGAAGGUGGGAUGCAAGAUUACAACUACGUGUGGGCCGACUGCUUCGAGAUCACCUUGGAGCUGUCCUGCUGCAAAUAUCCACCAACCUCCGAGCUUGAGCAGGAGUGGGAGAACAACCGGGACUCUCUCCUUGCCUUCAUUGAGAAGGUCCACAUUGGUGUGAAAGGCUUCGUCAGGGAUGUAGUCACCGGCUCUGGCUUGGAGAACGCAACUAUCGUUGUUGCAGGCAUCGCUCAUAACAUCACGGCGGGCAGAUACGGCGACUACCACCGACUGCUCGUGCCUGGGACCUACAAUGUGACCGCAGUUGUGAUGGGUUACACCCCAGUGACCAUGGAGAACGUUGAGGUGAAGGAGGGAGAGGCAACAAUAGUGGAUUUCUCCUUGCAACCAACUGUGAUGGCACCAGCUCCCAACCUCACGCAGUUCACAGCAACGCCUGUUCCCGUCUCUACCAUCACCUCUGCUCCUGUGCAGGCAGAGUCACCCAGACCCACCUCUGUCCACCAGUCGAUCCAGCCUGUGGACUUCCGUCACCAUCACUUCCCAGACAUGGAGAUCUUCCUACGGCGCUAUGCGAGCGAGUACCCCAACAUAACCCACCUCUACUCUGUGGGCAAAUCGGUGGAGCAGCGGGAGCUCUACGUGAUGGAGAUAUCGGACAACCCUGGCGUCCAUGAAGCAGGUGAGCCCGAGUUCAAGUACAUUGGUAACAUGCAUGGGAAUGAAGUUGUGGGGCGAGAGCUGCUCCUGAACCUCAUUGAGUACCUCUGCAAGAACUUUGGCACCGAUCCUGAAGUGACCGGGUUGGUCCAGAGCACACGCAUCCACAUCAUGCCGUCCAUGAAUCCUGAUGGCUAUGAGAAAUCCCAGGAAGGAGACAGAGGAGGCACCGUUGGCAGGAACAACAGCAACAACUACGAUUUGAACCGGAACUUCCCAGAUCAGUUCGUACAGGUGACAGAUCCUCCACAGCCAGAAACUCUUGCUGUCAUGAGCUGGUUAAGGACUUACCCGUUUGUCCUCUCGGCAAACCUGCAUGGAGGUUCUCUGGUGGUUAACUACCCCUUUGAUGAUGAUGAACAAGGAAUAGCCAUAUACAGUAAAUCCCCAGAUGAUGCUGUGUUUCAGCAGCUGGCACUGUCCUACUCCAAGGAAAAUACACAGAUGUAUCAAGGAAGCCCUUGCAAGGACAUGUACCCCACUGAGUACUUCCCACACGGCAUCACUAACGGCGCGCAGUGGUACAACGUUCCAGGUGGGAUGCAAGACUGGAAUUACUUAAACACAAACUGCUUUGAAGUGACCAUUGAGUUGGGCUGUGUGAAAUAUCCAAAAGCAGAGGAGUUGCCAAAAUACUGGGAGCAGAACCGCAGGUCUCUUCUCCAGUUCAUGAAACAGGUUCACCGCGGCAUCCACGGAUUCGUGCUGGACGCCACGGACGGACGGGGCGUUCUCAACGCCACCAUCAGCGUCGCUGACAUCAACCACCCGGUCACCACCUAUAAGGACGGAGACUAUUGGCGCCUCUUGGUCCAGGGGACGUACACAGUCACAGCAUCUGCUCGAGGGUAUGAUCCAGUAACUAAGGUGGUGGAGGUUGGCAGCAAAGGUGGGGUACAGGUCAACUUCACCCUUCCACGGACAGACUCCAAAGCAGAGGAGGGGAAAGUGCCAGUUCUGAACACUCCAGACACCAGCGACCCCAAUGAGAAGGAGUUUGAGACACUCAUCAAAGAUCUCUCUGCUGAGAACGGCCUGGAGCGCCUGCUGCUAACCCCGUCGGGGGACGUGUCUCCUUAUCGAUACCGCCCUUACAAGGACCUCUCCGAGUUCCUCCGCGGCCUCAAUCUGAACUACCCCCACAUCACAAAUCUCACCAGUUUGGGUCAGAGUGUGGAGUUCCGACAGCUGUGGUCCCUCGAAAUCUCCAACAAGCCCAACCAGUCUGAGCCUGAGGAGCCAAAGAUCCGCUUUGUUGCUGGAAUCCAUGGAAAUGCUCCUGUUGGUACAGAGCUGCUCCUGGCAUUGGCAGAAUUUCUCUGCAUGAACUACAAGAAGAACGCUGCGGUUACAAAGCUAAUUGACCGCACCCGGAUUGUGAUUGUACCUUCCCUGAAUCCAGAUGGACGUGAGAUCGCACAGGAGAGGGACUGCACGUCAAAGAUAGGCCAGACCAACGCUCACGGCAGAGAUCUGGACACAGACUUCACAAGCAAUUAUUCCCGAUACUCAGGGACACGAGAGCCUGAGACAAAAGCCAUCAUAGAGAAUUUGAUACUGAAGCAGGAUUUCAGCCUGUCUGUUGCACUGGAUGGUGGCUCUCUGCUUGUUGCUUACCCGUCUGAUGAGCCAGCGCAGACAGUGGAGAACAAAGAAACACUGAAACAUUUGGCAUCCGUGUAUGCAAACAACCACCCAUUGAUGCAUUUAGGCCAGCCAGGCUGCCCAAAUAAGUCAGAUGAAAAUAUUCCUGGAGGCGCUGAAUGGCACAGUCACCAGGGCAGUAUGAAGGAUUUCAGCGUUACGUUUGGUCACUGUCCCGAGAUCACAGUUUACACCAGCUGCUGUUAUUUCCCAAGUGCAGGACAGCUCCCCAGCCUGUGGGCAGAGCACAGGAAGUCUCUGCUCAGCAUGCUCGUGGAGGUUCAUAAAGGAGUCCAUGGAUUUGUGCAGGACAAGAGUGGCAAGCCAAUUGCUAAAGCCACUGUUGUUUUUAAUGAGGGCUUGAAGGUCUCUACUAAAGAGGGAGGCUAUUUCCAUGUGCUCCUGGCUCCUGGUUUGCAUAACAUCGAUGCUGUAGCUGAUGGGUACCAGCAGAAGCAUGUCACGGUUUGGGUACGCCACGAUGCACCUAGCUCCGUAUUCAUCGUGUUUGACAUGGAUAACAAGAUAUUUGGCCUGCGAAGGGAGCUGGUUGUAACCGUUGCAGGUGCCAGUAUGUCUGCUCUGGUCCUCACCGCCUGCAUCAUCUGGUGUGUCUGCUCAAUUAAGUCCAACAGGCACAAGGACGGCUUCCACCGCCUCCGCCAGCACCACGACGACUACGAGGAUGAGAUCCGCAUGAUGUCCACGGGCUCCAAGAAAUCCCUCCUGAGCCACGAAUUCCAGGAUGAAACAGACACUGAAGAAGAAACAUUGUACUCCAGCAAGCACUGACACCUCCGAGAGAGAAAAGGAGGUUCCCCAUGGACCAGUCCGGGUGGGAGGGAGGAUUCCUGUGGUUCAAUUUUGGAACGUUAGCUUACAGGACGUGUCCUCCGGAGGUGUGGGUGGUAGCUCCUGACUCCCCUCUGUUCUUUGCUGUGUUCCUA